AUGAAUAUAUUGCAGAAGGAUAAGAAAAACGAAAAACAAAGUAGAGAACAUUACUUAGGAAAAGAGAGAAGAAAGGAUAUUUUUUUGCUUUAUAAUAAUAGAAAUAAAGAAUAUGAGAGGAGAAUUUUAAAGAAUAAUAGUACUAGGAAAUAUAAGAAUGCCAAAUUUAUAAAUACAACAAAUUUGAAUUAUCACAAAUAUUAUUAUACAUAUUCUAUAAAUAAUAUGAGUGAAAAAAAAAAAAAAAAUUGUAGGAUGAAGAAAAAUGAUAAAGAAAAAGAGAAUAUAAUAUUAAAUAAGAAAAGAAAUAUGCAUGAAAAAUAUAAGUUGAAUGUGAAAAAAAAUAACAAAAAUAAAAAAUAUAACAUAAAAGAUAGGAAUAUGAAAGAAAUGUAUUUAACAUAUGAUGCAUCACAUUCAGAUAUAUCUGAUGGUGUAUCAUUAUAUAAUGAAAGUAAUGAUAAUAAAUUUUUUAAAAUGAAUAUGGAUACAUCUAUGGAUAAAAAUGAUUUAAUAAUUGACGAUGUAACAAAAAAUGUUUUAUUAAAUAAUAAUAAUGAUGACAAUAAUAAUAAGAAUAGUUUAUUUUUAUCAAAUUGUGAACAUGAAAAAGAUAUAAUGGAAUAUACUACAAGUGGCCAAUAUUAUGAUGAAACAAAUAAUAUAAAUAAUAAAAAUACAAAUAUCAUUAACAAUAUUGAUAAUAAAAACAAAUAUGACAAUUCUAGUAGUAAUAAUUUGGAUUAUUGUAUAAAUAAAUAUGAUAUUAUUAUUGAAGAUCCAGACAUGAAUUGUGAAAUGGAGACAAUGAUAGAAAAAGAUAAUAUAUUAACAAAUCAUACAGAUGAAAAUUAUAUAGACCUAAAUAAAAGUUUUAAUAAAAACAUUAGAUCCGAUAUUAAUGAAAUAAAUAAUUUAAGUACUAUAAAUCGAGUUGAAUAUUUAACUUAUAUACAAUCAACUAGUAGUGAAAAAGAUAAUAUAAAUAAUGAUACAUUAUAUGCAGAUAAUAAAGAAAUGUUAUAUAUACCCAAAAAUAAUAUAAAUGUGAAUAACAUGAUAAAUAAUUAUCAUACAUAUAUAGAUAAUCCAAAAAAUAAUUAUUUAAAUUUAAUUGAAAAUAAUACAAUGAGUGAACACCAAUUAUUGUAUGAUGAUGAUAUUGUAAAUGAAGACAGAAUAGAAGGAAGUUACACAAAUGAAAUAAGCAGCACAAAUAAUCUACCGGGUGAUAAUCAAAGUAAUAAUAAUAAUAAAAGUAAUAAUAAUGAUAAUAAUAAUAAUAAUAAUAAUAAUAAUAAUAAUAAUAAUAAUAAUUUUUAUUAUUAUAAUAAUAAUAGUGAAUGCUCAUCAUUAUUAAAUGAUAACAAGGAUACAUUUUUUCAUUCCAAUUAUACAAUAAAUAAUAUAACAAAUGAAGUACAAGAUAAAAGUAUUUAUAAUAAUAGUAAUAAUAUGUAUGAAAAUGGAUUAAGGAAUAAUCUAUCAAAUGAUAUAAAUCUUACUUAUACAAUUAAUAGUAAUUCUUCAAAUGAUGAGAAUAUAUGUGAUGUAAAUAAUAAGUUAUAUGACUCUAAUUAUUUAACACUAAAUGUAAACCCUUUGAAUUAUAUGGAAAAUAAUUUAUGUGAUAAUAAAAUGUACGAACUAACCGAUUAUUAUAAUAAUUCAUUUGUAAUUAAUGAGAAAAAUAAAAAUAACAUGAAUUUGUAUCAUCAUUCUUCAAUGAAUGUAAAUAAUUUAAAUAUCACUGAAGAUUUUAAAAGGGAUGGAGAUUACAAUGGUAGUACGACAAUAUAUAACACUAUAGAGAAUAAUAACAACAACAACAAUAAUAAUAAUAAUAAUAAUAAUAAUAAUAAUAGUAAUGUUGAUGAUGGUAAUAAUUGUCAUCUGGGCCAUAAUAUUCAUAAUAUAAAUAAUGUUUAUAACAUUAAUAAUAUUCAUAAUAAUAAUAUGAAUAGUAUUAAUAAUAAUGAUAGGCGCAGUAAUAGUAUAGCUAGCGAUGAACCAAAAACUAAUAUAACCAAUCAAAAAAUUGGAAAAAAUAAUAUUGACAAGGUAAAAAUUAUUUCAAAUAACAACAGCUGUACAAAUUAUGUUAAUGAUGUUAAUACAGAUUGUCCAAAUAAUAAUAGUAAUCAUGAUAAAAAGAUUCCUUUUAAAAAUGAUGAUUAUGAUACUGAAAUGGAAGAAAUGCAAGUAAAAAAAAGAGAAUUUAAAAAUAUGAUUUUAAAUAAUAAAUCUGAAUUUACUACAAUAAAUGAAAACGAUGAAUUAUAUAAAACAGUUUUAUAUUUUGAAAAAAAAAAUAAGAAAAUUCUAAAAAUGAGAAGAUCAUUAAAAAGAAAAAGAAAAUCCCCAAAAAAUGAACAUUUGGAAAAUGACUCUUAUGCUAUGCAAGAUGAUAAUAAUAUAAAUGAAGGUCAGAAGAAUGAAAACCAUUCUAAUGAUAUAUUAAAUAAUCAGGUUGUAAAUAACUCAAAUGAUAUUAACGAUAAAAAUAUGAUACAUUUGAAAGUGGAGCAACAAGAAGAUGCUGAUAGUAAUAAUAAUAAUAAUAAUAAUAAUAAUAAUUUAAAUGUUCAUAAUAAAUAUACUGAUAAUGAUAAUAAUCUAUUAUUAGUAUUAUUAAAUCAGAAAGAUAAUAGUAAUGGUAACAACAUGGAGAAUAAUCGUAAUAUUGAAAAUAAUGCAAUGUUAAUAAUUCCAAAGAAAAAAAAUAACUCAACAAAUGUUAAGGGUGUGAAAAGAAAUACAAAGACAAGAAAUCAACAAAGUGAUACAAAUGACAUGUGUGUUAAUAAUGAUGAAAUCUGUGGUGAUAAUGGGAAAACCCAGAAAGGUGUAAACCGAAAGGUUGGCCCAGGAAGGAAAAAAAAUGUAAAUUUUAAGAUGGAAGAAAAUGCUGAUACUAAUGUUAAUUAUGAAAAAAUAAAUAUAAAUAAUAAUAAUAAUAGUAACGAUAAUAAUAACAAUAGUAUUGAUAAUAAUAACAAUAGUAUUGAUAAUAAUAACAAUAGUAUUGAUAAUAAUAACAAUAGUAUUGAUAAUAAUAACAAUAGUAUUAAUAAUAAUAACAAUAGUAUUGAUAAUAAUAAUAUUAUUAUUAGUAGUAAUAAUAAUAAUAUUAGUAAUACCAUGAAUGGGAGAAAAAAAAUUAAAAAGUUAAAAAGUGUACAAACGUUAAACAAUAAAUGUAAUAAUAACCUGGAUUUAUCAUGUAUAAAUAAAAUAAAUAAUAACAAUCAAAUGGAUUAUACCGUAACAGAUUAUAGUAGUGGGAACAGUGCAAUAUUAAUUGAUAAACAAAAUUGUGAAACGGAUUAUUUAGAAAAUGUUCAAUAUAAUCAUACUCCUAAUAUAUCAUUAAAUGGAUUAACAUAUAAUGGAGUUAUGGUAAAAUGUGAAUUAUCUGAUGGUAAAAUGGAUAAUAAUAAUAAUAAUAUAAUUACUGCUAAUUGUAAUAUAAAAGAGGAGCCUGUUGAAAAUAUGACCUGCGUAUAUGAAAACAAAAAAAAUAAUAAUAAUAAUAGUAAUAAUAGUAAUAAUAUUAAUAAUAUUAAUAUUUGUAAUAGUAGUAACAGUAACAAUUAUAGUAACAACAAUAGUAACCAUUUUACUUUUAUGUCGAACCAUAAUAUUGAACACAAUGAGUGCGUGGGAAAAAACAAUAAUCAAACAAUCGAUCAUAGCGAAGAACCAAAUAACGUUAAGGGAAAAGGAAAAGGUAUUAGAAGAAACUUAAGAGGUAGAAAAGGAAAAAAUAAAAAAGAUGAUGACUAUUUUUAUGAAGAAGAGAUACAUGAUGAAAAUGUAGCAAAGAAGAGAAAUAAAAGUAAAAAUAAAAAUACUUUAAAAAGAAAUAAAAAAUGUGAUGACAAUAAUAUUAAUUCUCAUAUGGGAAUAAUGAUUACACAAAAUGUUCAAGAAAAUAAUACUGGGAAUAUAACUUUUAAUGAUAAUAUAAAUAAAUCAAAUACAAAUUAUAGAUUUUCGAAUAAUAUACAAGUGAAAAAUGAAAAUAUAAAUAAUAACAUAUUAUAUAAUGAUAUAUCAACAAUAUGUAAUAAUAAUAAUAAUAAUAAUAUAAAUAUGAAUGUAAUAAAUGGUAAUUCAGAAAAUUGUAUUACCAAUGAAAAUCAUGAUAAUCAUAAUACAAAUAAAAGCAUAUCAAAUGAUAAAGAUUAUUUAUCAAAUAUUAAAUGUGAUAUAUCAUUAAAUACUAAAACUGAACAAAAUGAUGAAGUAAAAUCAAAAAGGAAAACAAAGAAAAAUCCGACGAAGACUAAUAGUAGUAAAGUUCCUAAGAGUAAAACUGAAAAUAAUGGAGAAAAAAAAGUUAGAAUAAAAAUUUGUUUAGAAGAUUUUUUUAAUAAAAAUAAGGAGAUAUAUAAUGCGAUUGAUAUUUUUUCAAGUGUUAAUGAUAUUAAUUUGCCAUCUAUAGAAGAUGAAAAUUCAAUUGAUUUAUUAUUGGGAAAUUCGAAGGAAAAUGAAACAAAAAGUAAUAAUAUACAAAAUUUAAAUGAUGAAAAAAAUGAAGUACACAAUUUAAAUGAUGAAAAAAAUGAUGUACACAAUUUAAAUGAUGAAAAAAAUGAUGUACACAAUUUAAAUGAUGAAAAAAAUGUACAAAAUUUAAAUGGUGAAAAAAAUGAAGUACAAAAUUUAAAUGAAACAAAAUAUAGUAACGAAAAUGUUAUUGAAAAAUUAUCUGAUAAUACAAAAAUUAUAAAGAAAAAUAAUACAAUAUGUUCUAAUUGUCUUUAUGCUUAUAAAAUUCAAAUAUGUAAGAGGGUUGAAAUGUUUAAUUUUUUUGGAGGAAAAAAUGAUGGAUUAGAUAAGGAUGCUUUAAAAGAAGGUAAAAGUAAUAAUACUACGAAUAAUAAUUUAGAUAAUAAUAAUAAUAUGGAACGAUCAAAUUAUCAGAAUAAUAAUUAUUGUUAUAUGAAUAUUUGUGAACAGAUGACAAAUAAUAAUUAUAUUGAUAUAAAAUUAUAUAAAGAUUUAGUAAAAGAAAAUAAAUCGUUAGAAAAUUAUUUUAAAAUAACGUUUUAUUGUUUAUGUGGUUAUUUACAAUAUAUUAAAGAUGAUUCAGAUUGGAAACAAAUUAUAAAUUGUUAUUAUGAUGAAAAAGAUGAAUUAAAACCAAAGGCACCUCAUAUAUUUUGUAUAAAAUGUAAAGAAGUAUUAGUUACGAAUAGAUUUCUUGAUAAAUAUAAAACAAAAAUUAUUAUGAUUUGUGAAUGUGGUAGUCGAAAUUAUGAUCGAAUUAAUUCUUAUUGGAUAAGAAGAGGAAAUAUUAAACAACGAAAAGCACCACAAAUAUUAUGUGAAUUAUGUAAUUCAAAGAUGUGGGUACAUACAUGGUUAGAUGAUAUAGGAUCUAAAGUGAAAUUAUUAUGUAAAUGUGGUUUUAAAAACUUUUUAAAAAAAAAUAAUAAUUGGGUCAGAAGCCCAAGGUGGAAAAAACCUGUGCCAUUAAUAAUUUGUAAUUCUUGUCAACAGAAAAUGUAUAUGAGUCAAUGGUUAAAUAAUGAUGGAACAAAAGUAAAAAUGAAAUGUGAAUGUGGAUGGAAAACUUUAAUUAAAGAAGGAAAUACAUGGGUUAGAAGUGAAUGGUCAAAAAAAUUAUUAUGUUUAAGAUUAGUAAAAAAUCCAGAAUUAUUACAAAAGAAAUAUAAUAUUCAUUCAAGAAGGAAAGGUAAAGCAAAUUCAAAUGAAUUAUGUGAUGAUGAUGAUGAAGAAGAAAGGGAUGGAGAACAAGUAGAUGAUCAAGAUCAACAUCUACAACAAAUUGAAACAAAUGAUAUUUAUAAGGACAAUAUGAUUAAAAAUAUUCAACAACAGAAUAAUGAGUCUUAUUCGUUUAUUAAUAGUUCCAUAAAUCAUAAUGAAAAGUUUAAUGACGAAUUAAAUAAUAAUAAUAAUAAUAAUAAUGAUAAUAAUAAUGAUAAUUAUAUUAAACACUCAUUAAUAUUAAAUAACGUUGAAGACAAUGUAGUAAAACCAGCUAAAAAGAGUACUAAUAAAACAAGAAAGAAUAAUAAAUCCUUAAAAAAUAAAGAACAAGAUGAAAAAGUGAAUGAUAUGAAAAAUAAUAAUAUAUCUUCAAUAGAUAUAAAGGAACAAAUGACAGAUCCUGUCAUGACUAAAAUUGAUGACAAGAAAAAUAAAAGGAAGAAAAGAACGACUAAAAUGAACAAUACAGCAAUUAAUACGAAUGAAAAUAAUAAUAAUAAUAAUAAUAAUAAUAUUAUGAGUAGUAUAGAUAAUGUGAAUAAUACAAAUAAUAUAAAUAAUGUAUAUCUAAAUUAUGAAAAUAAUCAAAAUAAUGAGGCAGAUUCCAAUAAAGCAUAUUUAAUUCCUAAUAAUGUAACGCAAUCAAAUGACCUAAUUUUGAAUCAAUAUAAUAUGAUAAAUAAUUUGAAAGAAAAUAAUAAGAUAAUUGAAACGAAUGUCCCUGAAACGGUUCCAAUUGUAAAAGAUAAAAGGAGAAAACAAAAUAAGAAAGUACAGAAGGUAAUAAAUGAUAAUAAUAAUAAUAAUAAUAAUAAUAGUAAUAAUAAUAAUAAUAAUAAUAAUAAUAAUAAUGUGGUGGGAGGUAAAAACAAUAAUGAUGACAUUGUACCAUGCAGUAAUACCAAACCCAUUAAUAAGAAAUGCAGAAAAGUUACGUUUAACAAAAAGAAUGAAAAAAAGAAAAAGAAUGAAAAAAUAAACGAAGAAAUUAAAAAUUCAGAAAUUGUUGGAACAUUAAUAACUGAUAGUAAUAUAACAGAUAGCCAAUUAUAUAAAUCGGGUCAAUCUGAAGAGAAAAAUAUGUUAAAUGGAAAUGGCAUAUUAUUAUUAGAAGAUAAUAUAAAUAAUAACGUUAAUGAAAGUCCUGAAAAGGUAACAAAUAUAUCAAUCAAUAUGAAUCCUUCAUAUGAUUUUUAUAACAAUGAAGAUGGUUCUACCGUAAUUCCUGAACACAAUGAAACUAAUAAUGAAAAUUAUAAUAAAAUAUAUUAUCAAAAUUCAUAUUACAUUGUUUCAAAUUAUUAUGAUUGUUAUGGAAAAGAUUACUAUAACCAUGGAGAUAUUUCCACUUAUAAUGAAAAUGAUCUUAUUAAUAAUAAUGAUAAUAUAGAAUGUACAAUAAUUACUACGACUAAUAAUAAUACUACUACUGAUAAUAAUAAUAAUAAUAUAAAUAUUGAUGAUAACAUUAAAAAUAUCGAUACUAUUGUUAACAAUAGUGAUAAUAUUAUUAAUAAUAAUAAUGAUAUUAAUAAUAUUAAUAGUAUUAAUAGUAUUAAUAGUAUUAAUAAUAAUAAUAAUGAUGAUGCUAAUAUUAAUAAUGAUAAUAAUAAUGUCGAGGGUGAAACUAAUGCAAACUUUUAUGAAAACUAUUUACCAAAUAAUAAUUUCCAAAUAAUUAAUAACAAUUAUGUUAUGUCAUAUGAUAUGAACGUUACAGAUGAAUAUUUAGAUGUUAAUAAAAAAUUCUCCGAUAAGCAUGAAAUAUUGAUACCUUUAGAAGGUUAUGAUAAAAAGAAAUAUAUAAUUGAGAAUAUCAAAAAAUUUAAUUAUAAUAUUAGCGAAAUGGAAAUGAAUUCCAUAUUGGAAAAUUUAGAUGACAAUACAUUAAUUGAUACAUUUAUUGAGAAUGUAAUAGAUAAAGAUGAAAUAGAAAAAAGUAAGUUGGAUGAUAAUGAUGUGACUGGAAAUUAUUCAAAUGAAUUGUAUCCAAAUAAAAUAUAUGUAGAUACUAUGUAUACUUAUGAUAAUUAUCCAAAUGAUAUAUAUGAAAAUGAAAUAUAUUCUAAUGAGAUGUAUAAAAAUGUUGUAUAUCAGAAUGAAUAUUAUCAUAAUAUUCUUGAGAAAAAUGGUAUUAAUAAUUUGGAUAUUGAUAUUAAUAUGGAUAUGGACAUGGACAUGGGCGUGGACAUGAACAUGGAUAUUGAUAUUAAUAUGGAUAUGAACAUGGAUAUGAAUAUGGAUAUUAAUAUGGAUAUAAACAUGGAUAUGAAUAAUGUAAAUAUGAAUAAUGUAAAUAUGAAUAAUGUUGAUAUGAAUAAUGUUGAUAUGAAUAAUGUUGAUAUGAAUAAUAUUGAUAUGAAUAAUAUUGAUAUGAAUAAUAUUGAUAUGAAUAAUAUUGAUAUGAAUAAUAUUGAUAUGAAUAAUAUUGAUAUGAAUAAUAUUGAUAUGAAUAAUAUUGAUAUGAAUAAUAUUGAUAUGAAUAAGGUUGAUAUUAAUAACGUCGAUAUUAAUAAUGUCGAUAUUAAUAAUGUCGAUAUUAACCAUAUUAAUCGUAAUAUAAACGACACAAAUGUUGAAAAUAUUAGUAAUAAUAAUAUGGAUAUUCAAAUUAGUGUUAAUAAUGUGGAUAAUAAAAAUGCUGAUAUGAAUUUAAAUCAUAUGGAAAAAAAAAUAAUCGAAAAUGAUAUAAACAAUAAUAUUAUAAUUAAUGAUAAUAUUAUUAAUAACAAUAAUAAUAUUAGUAGUAGUGAACAUAUGAACACAAAUUAUGAAAUGCUGGAAAAGAUGAGUGCUGUUGAAAAUAAUAGUUCAUUAAAUAAAACAUUAAGAGAUAAUAAUUUUAUGAAUUCAAAUAUACUUAAUUUUAAUAUAAAAAAUAAUACAAAUAAUAGUAAUCCUUUUAAUAUCUCAAAGGAUAUAAAUAUUUUGGAAAAACAUAAUUUAGAAAGGAAUAAUAAUAUUUUGGAAGAAACUAGUAGUAUAAAAAAUAUGACAAAUAAUGUAAUAUUGAAUUGUAAUAAAAAUAUAAUUGAUAAAAAUAUUAUUAGUAAUACCUUUGAUAAUGUUACAAGUGAAAACAUCUCAACAUUGCAAAAGAAUUAUUAUGAAAACGAAAAAAAUAACUUGAUAAAUAAUACUAUUAAUAAUGUAAACAAUAAUAUUAAUGAUGAUAAUAAAAAUAAAAACAUGCAAAAUUAUGUACCUGAAAUUGAUAACGGUUCCUCUUUAAUUAAUUCUCCUUAUUUUUCCAACCAGUAUGAAAAUGUUAUGACACAUAUGUACGUAGAUAAAUCAGUUAUGCAAAAUGAAAACUUUAACAACAUGGGAAAUAAUAAAUUUAGUAUCAUAAACAAAAUGAAUAAUGUAAUACAUGACAAACAAGUAUAUAAUAAUAAGAGUAAUGAUAAUAAUAAUAAUAGUAAUAAUAUUAAUAAUAAUAAUAAUAAUAUUAAUAAUAAUAUUAAUAAUAAUAGUAACAAUAAUAAUAACAAUAAUAAUACCAACAAUAAUAUCAACAAUAAUAUCAACAAUAAUAUCAACAAUAUCAAUAGCAAUAAUAAUACUGUUGUUGGUGAAUACAAUGAAAAAAAUUAUAAAGAUUUAUCAUUCGUUACAAAUAACAAUGAACAUCAUCAUGAUGGUUCAGUUAUUCCAAAUAAUUUUUGUAAUAAUUUUAGUAUGUAUGCAAAUAUGAUGAAUAUCCAAAAUGUUAAUGGUGGUACGAUAAAAGGUCAUAUAUCCACGACUUUUAAAACAAACUUAGAUCAUAUUGAUCCUAACAAAAAUGAAAUGAGUGUAUAUAACCAAGUAAAUGAAUAUGAUGUAAUUAAUGAAUAUGAUGAAAUGAAUGAAUAUAAUGAAAUGAAUGAUUAUAACGAAUUAAAUGAAUUACAUGAAAUUUUUGUUCGUUAUAAUUUCAAUUCUGAUAGUGAAGAAAAACCAUGUUUACAUGAACGUACAUGUAAAAUUAAUGAAUUUAUUACUGUAUGUACAAUAUGUCAUGAUUAUAUCAAUGAAAAUAUGGAAUGUAAACUAGUUUCAUGUAAUAAUAUUGAAAGUGAAGAAAAUUUAGGUCAUAAAUUAAAUGAGGAGGAUGAAGAACUAUUAGUACAUAAUAACAAUAUAAAUAAUUAUGAACAAAUAUUAGUUGAAAAGGAAAAAAUAGAAAAUAUUCAUUUUGAUGAAAAUAUUUAUGAAGCUAUUCCAAUGGAAAAUCUUAAAAACAACCUUGAUGAUAGUAUUCCAAAAAAUAAUAAUAUUGUUAAUACGAAUAACAGUAAUAAUGUUGCCUUAAAUUAUUCAAAUAAUGAAAAUAUUGUUAAUAGUAGUAGCAUAAAUAAUAAUAAUAAUGACAAUAAUAAUAAUAAUAAUAAUGGAGACCAUGAUUGUUUGAUCACAAAUAAUAUUUCUAUUUUAGAAGGAAAUGAAGGAGAUAUGAAUUAUAUAUAUAAUUCAUAUGAGGAAUUUUAUAUUAACAAUAAUACUAUGGAUGAUAUGAAAAAUAAUAAUAACUAUAUGAAUAAUCUCUUUUAUCAAGAACAUAAUAAUUAUUCGACAACUGCUGAUAAUUUUGCUUCUAACCAAACUCCUCUUAUAAAACAUCAGAAAUUUUAUUAUGCUGAAAAUAGUAAUAAUAAUUAUCUUAGUGAUUCUGCAAAUUAUGUAAAUGGACAAUCUUUCUCAAACAAUGAUGAAUUAUUUAAAAAUGAUUCUUUAUAUAGUGAUAAUAAUUCUCCUUUAAUUAGUAACAAUAACAAUAAUAAUAAUAGUAAUAAUAAUAAUAAUAAUAAUAAUAAUAAUAGUAGUGAUAAUAGUAAUAAUAAUAGUAAUAGUAGUAAUAACAGUAUUAGUAGUAAUGCUAACCCAACGAAUAAUGACUGUAAUGAUAAUUAUCAGGAAAAUUACGAUAACUUUAUUAAAUCAGAAUGUAAUAAUAAUUCUUGUUACAAUAUAGUACAAAUUUGA